AUGCCACCAGAAAAAAUAAUCGAUUCAAAAGACGAAGAUAAUUAUUAUGGUGAUAAUAAUAAUAAUAAUAAAAUAUUUACUCGUCAAAUUGAUAAUAGAAAAGAAGAUACAAUACAACAUAUAAAAGCACUUGGUAUAACUUAUCGACAAAUUAUAAAAGAUGGUCAAUGUGCAAUUAAUUAUGAUGGUCAAAUAUUUAUUGAAGGUGAUUUAAUGAAAAUUCGAAAAAAACAAUUUCGAGUUGAAAAUUGUUUAUUAGAACGUGUAUAUCAUGCAUGUGGUCCAAAAUUACUUCUUAUGUUAAGUGUAGUUUGUCGAGUUGUUGAACACAAUAAAGUAUCAGAUGAAAUUUUAAAUUUAAAACGAGAAACAAAUUUUGAAUUUAUUCAUCAUCGAGAUUCAAUAAUAGAUAGAAAAAAACGUGUUAUUGCUGAAUCAUGUUGUGAAAAUCAUUGUACUGUUUCAGAAUUAACUCGAUAUUGUCAUUAA